CGACGUCGAUCAGGGUAAGACUGAUUUACGAGGGAGCAUGAAGCAUGGUACUAAAGAUCGAAAACCCAUUAUACCGACGAAGGUAUACCUGUCAGGCCAAAGAACCCAUCGACGUGCGCCACGAUCAGGAAGAACGAUACCAAGCUUUAAUAGAAUAAGCAUUUAUCAGAAUAAACUAACGUGAACGUUUAAAAAAAAAAAGAAACAGACAUAACCAAAAGUUCCAUGGCAAGUUUCGCGAUUGAGAAGUCUCGCAGAACAGCUGAUACGACAAAGUAAUGAAAAUGCAGGAGGAAAAGGAGGACGAAGGUUGGUCACGAGAAUCACCAAGUGUACAAAACGUAUCUAGAGACGUGACAAUGGUCGGUCGACCAGCAAGGUGCAGAGCACCGGUUUACUGGCCUUCCGAGGAGGAGGAAAUGCAAGAGUCUAACAUGUAUCAGGAAUCUAAUUACCGAGGAAAACGUGCAGCAGAACCACCCCCGUAUCUACCGCCUCCAGUGCCACCGGCGCCGCCGCUACUUCCACCCUCGAGGGGCCCACCGCGCACUGAAACACAGAUAGACGCCGUGACACGCGAUCACGGUGCUCAGGAUGGCGGUAGGAGCAUCGCGACGACGGCUGUUAGUAAAAGCCCACCGUUCGUACCGAACACACACAAAGUCCAAGACUCCAUCGGGGAUCGAAGGGCCCCGAAAACACUAUCGCCGCCGAGCCUCUUCAACGACUUCCUGUCUUCUGCAUCUUCCCUUCGGGACGCAGAGGAAAGCCAACCUUAUUCAGCGAUGCCUCGGGCGCUACCCAAGGGUCCUUCUCAUUUGACGUUACGAGGACAGAUGGAGAGGCGGCGGCCACCGUUUCUCAGAGGCUCAGCCAAAGGCAAAGAGCCAGCGAGAAGCGGAAGUAGUAAAAUGGAGUCUGGACAAAGUGGGACCAUGGGUAGUGCCAGUGCAGACAGAGGAAGCGAUGAAGAUCUCUCUCCGGAUGCACUUGUAAGACAGAACUAUGAAUUAAGACACCGUCUGGAAGAAGAAGCAGCUAGUUAUAAAAGACGACUGGAUACGUAUCGCCAAGCUCAGCAACACCAAGCAGCCUUGGUCUCUCGUUUACAAGCAAAAGUUUUGCAGUACAAGCAGAGAUGCUCGGAGUUAGAAAACCAAAUGGUGGACUCGUUACCAGGUGAAACUGUUAGGGGUGUGACUGCACCAGCUCAAGGAACUUCUGCUUUGGAUGCAGCACAUCAAACACUACGUGAAUUACGAGAAGAACAAAUUCAGGAUUUAGAAACUGCCUUGAAAAAACUUGCAGAAGAACGGAGAAGAUGCGAGAAGCUCUUACAACUGAACACUUCACUCAAAGAUCAGCUUGAGGAAUGUCACCAAACAAAUGAGCUUCUCACCAAUGAUCUUCAAAAAUUGAGUAAUGACUGGGAUACGUUACGUGAGGAAAUGACAGUUAAGGAAGAUGAAUGGAAGGAAGAAGAACAAGCUUUCAACGAGUACUAUACAUCCGAGCACAAUCGCCUACUAAAUCUAUGGCGCGACGUGGUAUCUGUUAAAAGGUUGUUUUCAGAAACUAAAUCUGCAACGGAAAGGGAUCUGUCCAAGCUUCGAAAUAAAAUUAUAUCCACAUCCAAUGAUAUGGCCACAGCUUGCAGCAGCGUAAACUUUGCAAUGAAAAUGCAAGCCAGUGCUAUACAACAACCCACCGUAUCUCAGCAAUUCCAACAGGCUCAAGCAACGUCGGACAUGAAAGCAGAAAUAACAACUCUGAAGCAGCAAUUCGAUGUAGCUCAAAAUGAAAUUCGUCUAAAGGAGGAGAGGAUUAAUCAACUGAUACGAGAAGUUCAUACUUUGGAAGAAAGAUGCGGUGAAGCAGAAGCUGGCAUGGGACAAGUUACUCGUAUGCAAGAAGAUGUUGAAAUAUUACAAUCUGCUUUAAGAGACAUAGCGCAUGCCGUUAUUCAAGAUGCCGAAUCUCGAGACAUUGAAAAUAUUCAGCCACCGCCACACAUUCAUUUGUCUCCGAGUGCUCCUGUUCCUCAGAGAUCACCUAAAAGAGGAACAAGAAUCAACACGACCCCAGCCUUCGCUGAGAGCACAAUUAGUGCUGUUCAGGCAGCUUUGCAUAAAUAUCAACUGACUAUACAUGAGCUUCAAGUAAAAUUGCAAACCAACAAAGAGCAGUUAACGAUUACACGGAAACAGUGCGAGAACGCUGAAGAAAAUUCACAAAAUCUCGAAGACAAGCUUGGGGAACUUACUGCACAAUUGGAUGCAUCACGUUUACAAUGUGCUCAACUCUUGCAAGAGAAGGAGAUGCUUCAAAAAAGUUUGGAUAGUCUCCGUUCGGAAAAGAAUGCACUUGAUAAGAAUCGUGUUGAGAUUAAUGCUAUGAUUGAAGCGUUGAGUACAGACUACGAAAAGUUACAGAAGGCAAAUAAUAAAUUACAAAAACUAUGCGACAAUUUGGAAGAUGAAAAAUUAUAUCUGCAAAGUGAACUUGAUAGAGUGAAUAAAGAUUCUGACUUGCGGGAAUUGAGUCUCCGUUCCGAAGAGGAGAGAUGUAGCAGAAUGCGAGAAGAAUUAUUAACGUUGCGUGAAGAAUUAAAUAAAGCAUAUCUCACAAAGGACAUGUUGGAGCAACAAAAAUUAGAAUCAGAUGGAUUAAUCACGCAAAUCGAAAAGAGUAAAGGUGACCUUGAAAUAGAGGUGGAACGUAUUUUGUUGGAAAAAUCUGACUUACAAGAAGCUCUUGAGAAGAUGGAAGCUUUAUGCGCAAAUCACGAACAAGACAAGGGAAGACUAUUGGACGAAUUAAAAAAAUUAGAGGAAGAAAGGAAUAAGCUGAUUAAUCAAUGUGCCGAUCAACAAGGAGAUCUGAGCUCUUUGAGAAAGGAAAUCCUACAAGCCGAACAAACUCGAUUGGAUCUAGAAUCUGACAAAGUGACGUUAAAUGAAAAGAUAAAAUUCUUGGAAAUUGAGAAAGAGAAGGUGGAGUUGGAGUUGGGUCAAGUAACUCGAGAACGUGGAGAUCUCAGUAAUCAACUGUCAGUUUUGGCAAGAAAGAAAGAAGCUUUAAACGAGGAACUCAUGAGACUUAGGCAACGACUGGAACAAGCUAAUGAAACGAAUUCACGUAUUAAUAGAAAUUUGGAAGAUCUUGUUAAAGAAAAUGAAGAGAAGCAAGUACUUUUGGAAACCAACGAUAAGGAAUUUCAGCGUUUGCAAGAACAACUCGCUUCUUUACGUAGUGAAAAGGAAGCAUUGGAAGGCGUCUUAUUUGACACACAAACUAAUUUAGAGGCAACCCAUAUAAAAAAGACGCAACUGGAUAAAGAUCAGCAAGAUUUAUUAGUAAAGCAAGAGAGUUUGAAAGGUCAAAUUGCAAGAUUAACUAAAGAUCUUGAUAACAGUGAAAAGCGUGCACAGGACAUCAAGCAAACCUUAUCGCAACAAAUCGGAAAUCAAGAAGCGGAAUUUCAACAAAUUAUUGCGAACAUGAAAAAACAAAAUGACGACAGUAUAAAAAAAUUGAAUGAAGAAAAGGAACAAGUACGUACCUCUCUGGAGAAACGUCUUCAGCAAACAUUAACGCAGCUCGGUGGUGAGAAAGACGAUGAAAUAACUCAGUUACAACAGAGAAUAGAAGAAUUGCAACAACACAUUGAAACCUUAUGUCAACAACACGAAGAGGCUCUUCUUCGAGCUGAGAAUGACAAGCAACAGGCUCUAUUAAUUGCUCAUCACGAUCAACAAGCCCUAAUGGAGAAACUGGAAGCAAUUUUCCGUGAGUUAGAAGAAGAGAAAAGUGGAUCAGACAGAUUGCGCAGAGAAGCAAUGGUACGUGCAGAACAGGAUCGCAACAAUAUCAAUCAGCUUCGUGACGAGUUGAAUCGUAUCAGAACGAGAUUGGACGACGCAAAAUUAAAGGGUGACGAAGAAAAGAUGAAAUUGGAAUUGAAGAUUGAAGAAAUCUGGAAAGAGAGAGAAUCCGCUCAAAGGGAAACCGAAGAGUUGCAGGUGCAGCUCCAUAUGUCUGAAGAUAAAAUGGAUGGACUUCAGAAUCAAUUACACGAAACUAGCAGAAAAUUGAAAGAAGCUGAAAAUACUAUCGAGACAUUGCGUAAGGAAUUAGUUGAUGUGCGUAGACAAUUGACUGAUUCGACUUAUGAAAAGGAUAAAUACAACAGCAGCAAUAAAGAGCUACGUGAAUAUGUGAAACGCAUCGAAGGCGAAAAGAGAGAACAAAGCAGAGCGUUAGAAGAAGCGUAUCAGAAGAUUGCAGGAUUGGAGGACAUGAAGACAGCUAUCGAUGCUGAGAGAACUAGACUUCAGACACAAUUGCGUGAGAUGGAAAGAGAUGCGAUGCAAUUGCAACAACAAUUGCGACAUAGUCAAGAUGAAUUACAAAAAUCACGUUCAGCUUCUUCACAAGCGCAAAAUGAAGAACGUGAAUUGCAAGCGCGUCUGGCCAACGAGACUGAAGAACGGGAACGUCUUCAGCUGCAAUUACAUCAACUUAAGAAACAGGUUGUCGAUUUGGAUAACAGCUUGGAAGUCACGCGUCAAGAACUUGGAAGGCUGCGCUCCCGAGGCGAUGAAGAAGACGAACGUUGGAGAGCAAGAGAACAGGAGUUACUUGUUCGAUUAGAGGACAGUCGAUGUCGCGAAAGAAAAUUGGAAGAUCAGAAACAUAAUCUUGAAGUCUGUCUAGCAGAUGCUUCUCAGCAAUUGCAAGAGUUGAAGGCACGUCUUGGUGGAUCCGAGGGUAGAGUACGAGCCUUGGACGCUCAGUUGUCCCAAAUGGAAACUGCGAAGAAAGAAGUUGAACAAAAAUUAAGUAGCGUAGCAUCAACACUUCGUCGUAUCGCUGGUAUCCAGUUGGAUGGUAGCGUUAAUAUGCCCUUCAAGUUAAUGAGUCCAUCGCGAAGAUGGAGUCCAGCCAGAGUUCAUCAAGACCAUGGUGACGGUGGCCGUGAUGUGGUCUUGGACGUUGAUCCUGAAGCUAUCAGGAAGGGAGUACGAUCUCUAAUGCAACAAGUAGCACAAAUUGAACGGGAGAGAGAUGAUUACAAGACCGAAAUCAGUAACAUAAAGAAACAACUCGUAGAGACUCAAGAGGCGCAAAACAAGUCUGACUCUAAGCUUCAUAAUUUACAUGCAAGUCUGCGAGCAUUGCAAGAUGAGAAAAAUGCUCUGGAAGCCAAACUUUCUCAGAAGCAAGCAGCAUUCCAAGCUCAGGCUGAAGCUUUACAACAAAAAACUGAGGAGUCUGAACAUCUGCGGGAGAGGGUGACAACCCUGGAGCUAACAAUUACUAGUGAAUCCGAUGAACGGGGACAGUACGAGGAUAAGCUUGAAAAAAUGAAGCAAGCUAUAAACCGACUGGAAAAUGAAAAACGUGGUCUUCAAGAGGAACUUGGCAGAAAUGAAUCCCGUUCAACGAAAUUGGAAUUACAACGAAUGUCUCUAGAGGGAGAUCUACAGCGUUUGCAAAUGAUUUUACAAGAGAAGGAUGGAAAUAUACAGAAAUUACAAGACCGAUGCGACGCUCAGACACGUACCAUGGCUAGUUUAGAAGAACGUUGUGCUUCUUUAAAAUCUACAAUAGAACAAUUAAAUCUCGCUCUAGAAAGAGCUUCGUCAGGUGAAAGUGAAUUGAGAAAUGAGAUUAAUAUUUUGCAACGUAAUUUAAUGGAGACUAGCGCAACAGCGCAGAAUAAUAAUGAGAAGCUUAAACAGCUUCAAAAGCAAUUAUCAAAUGCUGAGAAUGAACGUCGUGUUCUAUCCGAACGUUUGGAUUCAGCACAGCAAUUAGUAACAGAAUUGAGGCAUACAAAUCAAACGUUAUUAGACCAAGUUGCUCGUCUGCAAAAUGAAUUGGCUAACAACGAAGUACAGCGUUCAGGUCUAGAAGCCCAACUGAGAUUAUCCAGUUGGCCACAAGAAGGUAGUUCCAGUAAGGACGAAGAGUUGGUUCGACAGUUGCAGACUGCACAGCGAGAGCGAAGCGAAAUGCGAGGAAAAAUUGAAGCUCUUCACGACAAGGUUAAAUUAUUGGAAGCUGAUAAACGCAAUCUGGAACGUCAACUGUCUUCAGUGAGACCUGGAAGUAUUCGUAGCAAGAGCUAUGAACGUCCUGAAAAAGCACAUGCAGAACUAAUGGGCUCUAAUAUUAACAUUGAUAAUCUCGAGCAAGAAAACAGAGAGUUACGAUUGAAGAUUCGUCGAUUAGAAACACAGUUAGCUGAAAAGGAGGCUGAGUUGAUUCGAGCAAAAUCUACGCAUUCUCAUUCGCACUCGACUCUCGACUUGAGUCGUGAUAGAACUGGUGAGAUUGAACGACUUAGAGCUGCUCAGUUACAAGCAGAGAAGUUACUGGAAGCAAGAGAACAAAGUCAUCGUCAGCAGGUCUUACGUCUUGAAAACCAGAUUCAGUUACUCAGGGAGCAACUAAAUCAAGAAAUAAAACGUCGCCAACUCUACGUGUUGCGUAGCUCUCGUGCCGGAAGAGAAAUGCAACAGUUGCGUCAAGCUCUAGGCGACUCAUUAAGAACUGUAUCUCAGGAUCCAUCGUUAGAUGCUAUGUUACUCGAACACGAAGCCAGAAAAUUAGACACUACUCUCGCUAGUACUGCUAGUUUACCACCAUCAUUGGCAUUGCCACCAACAUCAUCAUAUGAUAGAUCCCCUACGCCAACUCAUCUUAAAUAAAUCAAAACCAGGGGAUCAAUCUUCCAGCAGUCGCAGAUGGUCUCUGCGCAUAUAGCCGAAGAGCAAUGAUCGAGAGGAUAUUUUACGAAGUUCUCUAUGUCGCUUAAUUGCGGUAUGUAUACUUUUCGUAACUGGAAGUCACCUUGUGACCUUUUCCGAUUGUCGUCUCUUGAUGCUCAGUAGGGAAUCAAUGCUGGAAAGUCUUUUAGUCGUUCUGCUCAUGAGAGCAGAGGUAGAUGAAUAUUGCUUGUUAAUGUUUUGUUUCCCAUUCGGUAAAAUAGUGCAUUGAUUUUUAAUGCGUGUAGGAAAUUUCUUUAAUAAGAUACUCGGUGCAACAUAAUUUUCAGAACAGAUCUCAUUUUUGUUACAAAAUAUUUUAUCUGGUAUCUGGAAGCGAACCUUUUUUAUCGAAGGACAUGAAAUCUUUCAGAAUAUUGUACUUAAAUCGUGUAGGGAGUAAAUACAUUUAUUUAAUUUUAUUCUGUUUAAUGGACAAUGAUUCUACAUACGCUUAGUAUGUAGUAUAUCAAACAUGCCAGUAUUGUCUUACCGAAAAUAGUAUCUGUUAUAUUUAAUUUAAUUUCGUGCAUACCAUUGGCAAAUGUGAGAAUGAAUCUAUGGAAAUUUAUAUAAUUACAAUAUAUCAGGGUUCACUGCAAGAGAACUGUAAUCAUAGCCUUCAUAAAGUCCGUCCAUACUUAUUAAUUGUCCAUAAAAUUGUUAAUUAAAUAGUUGUGCUGACUUAACAAAGUGUUAAGAAACAUGACAGAAAUGUGUUAUAGCAUAAUCUGAAUUAUGAUCCGUGCUUGGGGCAGUGAUUAUAAAAUAGAAUGUUACAGUAAAGAAAUGCUAUGUUUAGUCUCGUCCUGAGACCAAACUUUAUCAUCUGACAAGAGCAUUGUAAAGAUAUAUUAUCUGUUUUUCUUUAUUUUGAUAACAUAUAUACUUAAUGAGACAUUAACGAGUGUUAAGAAGCAAGUGACUUUAACGAUAAAAAAAGAUAGUAAAAAGGUGCAGAUGCAAAUGGCAGAGAAUGGAUUGUGUCAGUUCUUUAGUAUUGAGAAUAUUGACAUCCAGUCCAGCCAGAUCAUCCAUCUUCACGUGUCUCUGCUGCCCAGCUUACGGAUCAUGACAGAUAUAAAUAAUAUAGAACAAUAUUUAUACUUAUUUCAGUAAAAUUUAAGGAAUUUACAUGAAAGAAAGUGCAAAUUACACAGUGACUUUUACACCGUGAAAAUAAGACUUCUGCAUUAAACCAUGACAGCAUAAUAGGAAUCAUGACUUGUCGCAUUUAAUAUUUUUUAUUAAUUUUUGCCGUCCUAUUUUCUAUAGAAUUGUGAUUAUAAAGACUUUACCUUUGAGUUAAAUAUAUUGAUUUAUUUAUUUUAUUGAAAUUUGGUUGUACCAUAAUGUGCUGGUAUUAUAAUUUUUACUUUGAUGUAUAUCUAAAUCGAUAGAUAAGUGUAAAAUUCACUAUAAUUUUUUUUUUUAAAUAGCUUUAGUUCAACUAUUAUAUACAAAUGUGUAAAAGUUUCUAACUUUAAGUACUUUCAAUCGCCAGGCAUCAAAAUAAGUGCAACUUGAUUUUAUAUAAUUAUCAUUCCAUUAGGAAGUACCGACAUUACAUGUUACAUAUCAAAUUAUUGUUAUACAAUGUGUUAAUCCUUAUUCACUAUUGUGUAGAAAUAUAUAAUAUAGUAGUGCAAGCGUGUACUUAAUCAUUUAAGAUAUUACCAUUUCCAGAUUGCAUCAGUAGUUCAAAGGUCCACAGACAUUAAAGAAAAAUAUUUUUUUUGUUGGAGAAAUUUGUUUUGUGUGAAACAGAAAAAUAAAAAAGCAUAUUCAAAA